UCAUAUCCACGGUAUCGAUUCGAGCCUAUGGUCACGACAUCAUCAUAAACCACGCCAAAAUGACGAUGUGUCACUACAUUGCCUAUGCAGCUAUAUAACUGCCUCGAGCCCGCGGACAUAGUCCCUCGGUACCCGCCUCUGCCCAGCAUCUUACCAUGGCCUUGCAACCGUCUCUUCGCCCCCUGAUCAUCGCAGGCAGCCCCAACGCUCCCCACACGCUAGACAUCUUCCUGGACUAUGUGUGCCCUUUCUCGGCCAAGCUGUCUCUCGCCAUUGAUAGCGUCCUGAGACCCCUGCUCGGUCCUGGAGGCAGGUACGAUGGCAAGGUCAAGGCCAUCUUCAGGCCACAGGUGCAGCCGUGGCAUGCUAGCUCUACCUUCGUGCACGAAGCGGGUCUCGCGGUCGCGCGCGUAGCUCCUGAGAGUUUCUGGACGUUCUCUUUGGCUCUCUUCAAGCAGCAAGGAGAAUAUUUCGACAUUCCCACCUCCAACCUGACGCCCGUUCAGAUCCGAGCGAAGCUGGCCGACCUCGUCAGUCAGACCAUCGGUGAAGACAAAGCUGCUCCGUUCCAGGAUCUCUUGACGUUGAAGUCGACGCCGAAUGGCGGUGUCGACGUAACCGAUGACUUGAAGUACACCAUCAAGUUCUCCAGGCAGAACAGCAUCCACGUCUCCCCGACGGUGCUCUGGGACGGUAUCGUUGCCAAUGAGAUAUCGAGCUCUUGGGGCGAAAAGGAGUGGUCCGGGUUCUUGGAGAAGAAAGUCCUUGUCUAG